GUUUUGCGCUCGAUUGGCUUGGUCUUUACUCCUUGUAGUAGACCUAAUAAAAGCUAAUAAAAUGCCAUAAAUAAUCAUAAGUAAAGAAAACGGGGGGACGACAAUGUCUUGGGUGGGAUUACGGGUUUUGAUUAAUUGCUAGAAAGAACGAGCAUUUAUUUUUACUAAAAAAACAUAAAAGCGUUUUGAGCUUCACUUUUGUCGUACGAUAUUUUAGUGCGUGUCUGUAUGAGAGAGAUAGAGAGAAAAACAGACAGACGGGAUUCGUUUAUUCCGAAUACCGUGUGGUGGGUCGAUGAAUCAUUUGAGUCCUUUUUUUCCCUAAUAAAAACUCGCCAAUCGUCUCUUAUUUUUAUUUUAUUUUUUAUUUUUAUUUUUAUAUACUCCACUCUGCUUAUUACUAUAUCGGAGGAGGAUAGGGGGCUAUCACCUGCAGAUUCAUACGUGUAUAUAUAAAUAUAUAAACUCUGUCUUUUUAGAAUUGCAUUGAUUCAGAGUUUAUACCCCUUUUUCUUUUUCUUCUUCCAAGAUCGGAACUUUAUAGUCUCUGAAAGUUCUGCUGCUGCCCAUCUGAGUCCUCUCAUGGUUCGCUCAGAUUUAGCAUCUUCAGUUGUGGGCUUUUUAUAGUUUCAUUGGUAAAAACCAGAAUCGGAGUGCUCAGAUCGUGACAGAAAGCUCUGAUCUUGGUUUGAUUGGUAUGUUUAAUUUGAACCCUUUUUCUAGCUGAUCUGUUUGUACCCCUUCUCGAUUAUUUCAUGGCUUGAUUGAUUUGAUUUGUUUCUUUUCCUUUAAGAGUGGAGGUGAGGCUGAUUUAAGUUCAGUGCUGAAUGUUAAUAGAGAAGGACAAUUUCUUUUAAAAAAAGCUUUCUUUUUCAAUACUUUUGACAUCGUUUGAUUUGAUUUACUUGCUCAAAUGUGAUUACUGUUGUGUUUAUUGAUUUUCCAUUGGGUUUACAACUUGAUUAAUUGUUUUUUUUUUUAAACUGUGAUUCGUUGCUGAUCACUUUCCUCUGAAGUAGUGGAGAAGGAGGACUGUGCUUUUUUUGCUGACUUAAAUGUUCUUCGACGCGCCAUUAAAUGUACUCACGUGAACAAAUCUAAGAAUGGUUUUGGUGGGAGCUGCUGUGGUCCAAUACUUUAGUUUAAUUAUUGUGAUGUGUGCAAAGUUCUCUCUUAAUAAUAUGCUCCGUCUCUGUUUCCUGAUCUAUGUUCUGUUGAAGUUUCAAUUUUUUUCCUGAUCUAGUGGGGGUUGAUAUUAAGCUUGAGCUUUUCAAUCUGCUUUGAUGUGGACCUUUUAGAUUUGUUUUCUGCUUAAUCAGAGGUUUGCUCAACAUACUCUUUUGAUGAUAGCCCUACACUGAUUCCCACUUGUGAUUCGAUCUGGUUUUAGUUUCAUUCACUGAAAACCAAAGAUAAAGAGCAAAAUUUGAUCUUUGCACUUUAAUUGAUUUUCCUCAGUAGUCCUUUUCUUCACAUUGCAUGAAUGACACAUUAGAUGCUGUCACAUGUUUACCUCACUUUUUUGCUCACCUAUGUUCUUAUUGUUCCAGGGCCUAAUGGCAAACAAACUAACUGCCGGGGAUAGUAGGACUAGGAGUUCUGUAUCAAUUUUCAUAGUAGCUGGUCUGUGCUGUUUCUUCUAUUUGCUAGGGGCAUGGCAGAGGAGCGGGUUUGGCAAGGGAGACAGUAUAGCUGUGGAGAUGACUAAGAGCAAUGCUGCCUGUAAUGUCAUUCCAAACCUUAAUUUUGAAACACAUCAUGGAGGUGGUGCUGGUAUGAUUGACGAUUCGAACUCAAAUGUAAAAGCAUUUGAGCCAUGUGAUGCUAAAUACACUGAUUAUACUCCAUGCCAAGAUCAAGCUCGUGCUAUGAAAUUCCCUAGGGAAAACAUGAACUACAGAGAAAGGCACUGUGUUCCUGAAGAAGAGAAGUUGCAUUGCCUUAUUCCAGCUCCUAAUGGAUAUGUAACUCCGUUUAGGUGGCCUAAGAGUCGAGAUUAUGUUCCUUAUGCCAAUGCACCAUAUAAGAGUUUGACUGUCGAGAAAGCUAUUCAGAAUUGGAUUCAGUAUGAGGGGAAUGUGUUUAGAUUCCCUGGUGGGGGUACUCAGUUUCCUCAGGGUGCAGACAAAUAUAUUGAUCAACUUGCUUCUGUGAUACCUAUUGAUAAUGGAACUGUUCGAACUGCUUUGGACACCGGUUGUGGGGUUGCAAGCUGGGGAGCAUAUCUCUGGAAGAGAAAAGUUAUAGCCAUGUCAUUUGCACCAAGAGAUUCACAUGAAGCACAGGUUCAGUUUGCUCUGGAAAGAGGUGUUCCUGCUGUUAUUGGUGUUCUUGGAACCAUAAAAAUGCCGUAUCCCGCUAGAGCCUUCGAUAUGGCCCAUUGUUCCCGUUGCCUGAUUCCCUGGGGAAGCAAUGAUGGUAUGUACAUGAAGGAAGUUGAUCGGGUCCUCAGACCAGGUGGCUUUUGGGUCCUCUCUGGUCCUCCGAUCAACUGGAAGACUAACUUUAAGGCAUGGCAGCGCCCUAGAGAGGAGCUUGAGGAAGAACAAAGAAAGAUUGAGGAAACUGCUAAGCUUCUCUGCUGGAAAAAGAUAUCUGAGAAAGCUGAAACCGCAAUCUGGCAGAAACGAUUAGAUUCUGAUACUUGUCGUGCUGAACAAGAAAAUUCUGGUGUUGAAUUCUGCAAAGCCUCAGAUCCGGAUGAUGUUUGGUACAUUUUCCUCUCCUCAAGCACAUCUGUUGCGAUGCUGUUUAACUCUUUAAGGGCUAAACUAAGUCUAUGGUGCAGAAAACAGCAUCUUUACUCCUUUGUUGUGAUUCGUGAUUCUCAAAAACCAUAGAUUUUAGAAGUUCUUACUGUCAUAAUUUUUUGAAUUGUCUGUCACACUAGCGAGCUGCAUAAUCAUAUUUUAGAUCCAAGUUCAUUUCAUGUAAUAAAAAUUUAUUUGUAUGAUGACCAGGUACAAAAAGAUGGAAGGAUGUGUAACUCCAUAUUCGAGUGAGAAGAGUGAAGAAGUCCCUAAUGUUAAGCCCUUUCCUGAGAGGCUGUAUGCUGUUCCUCCCAGAAUUGAGAAUGGAUUAAUUCCCGGAGUCUCUGCCGAAUCAUACCGCGAGGACAAUAAACAGUGGAAAAAGCAUGUAAGCUACUAUAAAAGAAUCAACAGCAUUCUUGAUUCUGGAAGGUAUCGCAAUAUCAUGGACAUGAAUGCUGGAUUGGGAAGUUUUGCAGCUGCACUCGAAUCUCCCAAGCUGUGGGUUAUGAAUGUCGUGCCUACAAUAGCUGAGAAGAGCACUCUUGGUGCUGUUUACGAACGAGGAAUGAUAGGCAUCUAUCAUGAUUGGUAUUAUUUCUGCUCCUCUCUACUUUUUGAAUACUGUACAUUGACUUGAUUAGUGAUUUCUCCGGUUAAAUUUAUUUUAAAAAUUCUUUCCUAGAGCUUCACAACAAUAAGAUGGCAAUUAUUAUUUAGUGGUUCUCGUUUUAUAAGUACUGCUUACUUUCUGCAGGUGUGAAGGCUUCUCCACAUACCCAAGGACAUACGAUCUCAUCCAUGCCAAUGGUCUUUUCAGUUUAUACAAGGACAAGUGAGUUUCCUUAUUGUUACUUGCAGUUCUUUUAGUUUAUAAAAUAUUUCUCUGCAUUUAUAUGAAGCAAAGCAUCAUGAGCUGUUGGUAGAUUUUUUUAAAUGAAUGCUCUUUUAAUGGCUAAAUUACUGUUUUAUUUGUUAAGAGAAGAUAGAACACUUACUGGAAUAAUUUAUCCAAAUACAUAGUACCUGUGUGGUUUUAUAAAGCUAUAACGAUUUUUUUGUUGUUUUCUUGUUUUCUUCAUGCCGACUAUAAGUCUUAAAGGUGGCAUGAGGCAUGAGCUACAGUUUCUGUUGUAAUGAAGCUAUAUUACUUUGACUUGAUUACCUGAAAAGACGGGAUGAUCUGACUGGGUAAAUUGGGAAAUUGAAGCUUCACCAUCCUUCACCACUAGUUGAUCCUCUGAAAUUCAAUGUUCAAUAGCAGUUUAAAGUUAAUAAAUUCGAUGAUCAUCGUAUUCAGUAAAUGCAAUCCCCUGUUCUCUUGUCAUUCAAAAGAAAACAUCCACUCAUAGUUUGUAAUUAAAUGUAUUUAGGUGCAACUUGGAAGAUAUCCUUUUGGAGAUGGACCGGAUUUUGAGGCCCGAAGGGACUGUUAUCAUUCGCGAUGAAGUUGAUGUGCUUAACAAGGUGCAGAAAAUAGUCGCAGGCUUGAGGUGGAACUUCAAAUUGUCAGACCAUGAGGAUGGCCCCCUUGUUCCUGAGAAAGUUCUGUUUGCAGUGAAACAGUAUUGGGUCACGGGAGGAAACAACUCCACUGAUUCAGAGUGAAUUCAGCAAAUUAAAGGUAUGACAAACUGCGACGAAUGUGGAUAAGAAAUUCUUCUGACCGUCGUGAACCCCAUUGGGUCAACCCACCUCGCUUUCCCACGAAAGAUUUUUGCUGGUGAGAAGUUAACCACGGGAAAAAGAGACUGUUUUCUGUAAGUUAAGAGUAUUAGUGGAUGUUUGAAGUAGAUCAUGCACGUUAGUUCUGUAUUUUGUAACAUUUGUUUUAUUUAUAUUCAUUUACACUUAUUGGACUCGUUUUACGUUUGUUAACAAAAACACAGUGGCGUAACUAAUAUGAAGAAAUGAUGUUUGUUUCGGCACUAGAGACUGUCUUAACUUCACCUCAAGUUUUGACUUUUGUCAACGUGGGAAAUUUCCCUAGUCUUAUUAGAGUUGUCCAUGUUCAAGGAAAACUGCUCUUUACUACUUUUUGUGCUGUAAAAUUGGCUUUCUAACUCUACAUCAUCGAUCUAAGUUCCAACCAGUAAGAUGAUUACUGGAUAAUUGAUAUAUAAAAUAGCUCCAGCUUGCCCUUUGGCUGAUCUAAUCUACCUCCAUCACAUAACGAGUUGGAUCCUCUCUUUGUUUUUGUUCUUUUCCCCAAUAAAUGCAUAAACUUGUCUUCAUAUGCCAAGACUUGUUUAGAAAUCAAUCAAACAAAUGGAAAGCGAAGUUUUGAGAACUACGUAACAACAAUGAUUAGACAACACAAAUUGAUGAACAUUCCAAGGAUUGUCAGCUUAGCUCGG